AGGAUUUUUUUUUUGUUUAUUUUCGUGACCAGCUAACCAGUAAAUGUGUGGUUGUUAGCUUAAACAGUUUUCCCCGCUGUUUUAGUAAAUUGUAACAAAGCGAACAGAUAAACGGAUUUAGUUAAUAUGAUAUCGAAAUAUCUCGUGAGGUAGGUAGGUAAGGCCAUCACAUGAGAAGGUUAGCUAGCGAGCUAGCUUCAAGUUGAUGAAUGUUUGUUAGCUGUUAGCGUAUGUGCUAGCAGGCUAAUUAACGGUGGAAAGCGUAUCAAAAUUUAGGUCGCUAAAACCUCUCACUUAUUAUCUGCCACCACGUCGACUAACGCUACUGCGCGGAUAAAUCACGACAAGAUAUAAUGGCCAUAUUUGCAGAUGACGACCUGUGAGGGGUUCUGCAUGCAUGAAUAUUGCUAAACGCGGACUGCAUUUGAUCAUCAAUAAUUUCACCAUAUCAACUCCACUGGUAAAGACAUAGAGGAUAAAACUGAAAAGCCUCCCCAAGGUUGAAACCUGAGGAGCAAGAUGUCAAUCACGAACACUCCCACAAGCAACGAUGCCUGCCUGAGCAUUGUGCACAGCUUGAUGUGCCACCGACAGGGAGGGGAGAGUGAAAGCUUUGCUAAACGAGCUAUUGAGAGUCUAGUUAAGAAGCUGAAGGAGAAGAAAGAUGAGCUGGAUUCCCUUAUCACAGCCAUCACUACGAAUGGAGCGCAUCCUAGCAAGUGUGUAACCAUACAGCGAACUUUGGAUGGACGCCUACAGGUUGCAGGGCGUAAAGGUUUUCCCCAUGUUGUCUAUGCUCGACUGUGGCGAUGGCCUGAUCUACACAAGAAUGAAUUAAAACAUGUGAAAUAUUGCCAGUAUGCCUUUGACCUGAAAUGUGAUAAUGUCUGUGUCAACCCGUACCACUACGAGAGGGUUGUCUCUCCAGGCAUUGACUUAUCAGGGCUGACCCUUUCAAGUUCAGGUCCACUAUUGGUAAAGGAUGAAUAUGACUAUGAUAACCAGCAAUCUCACUCCAGCUCUGAAAGCCACCUGCAGACUAUCCAGCAUCCGCCCUCAAGGCCUGGUCCACAAGAGACCUUCAGCAGCCCUGCUCUGCUCCCCCCAGCGGAGGGCAGCAGUUCGGCUUCAACCUCUGCUUUCUCUACCAUCAGCGCUGGACCCUCAAAUCCAACCCCCAACUGGAGCAGGAGCAGCAGUUUCACCCCUGCUGUGCCUCAACACCAGAAUGGCCAUCUACAGCAUCAUCCACCCAUGCCUCACACAGGGCAUUACUGGCCUGUUACCAAUGAAAUUGCGUUUCAGCCCCCCAUAUCCAAUCACCCAGCUCCAGAAUACUGGUGCUCCAUUGCUUACUUUGAGAUGGAUGUCCAGGUUGGGGAGACGUUUAAGGUGCCAUCCACAUGUCCGAUAGUGACUGUGGACGGCUAUGUGGAUCCAUCAGGAGGGGAUCGCUUCUGCCUGGGCCAACUGAGCAAUGUUCAUAGGACAGAGAACAUAGAAAGAGCCAGGCUUCACAUUGGUAAAGGCGUGCAGCUGGAGUGCAAAGGAGAAGGAGACGUCUGGGUGCGCUGUUUGAGUGAUCAUGCAGUGUUUGUGCAGAGCUAUUACCUGGAUCGAGAGGCUGGGCGUGCUCCUGGAGAUGCAGUUCACAAGAUCUACCCCAGCGCUUACAUCAAGGUGUUUGACUUGCGUCAGUGCCACAGGCAGAUGCAGCAGCAGGCAGCGACGGCUCAGGCAGCAGCUGCAGCUCAGGCGGCAGCGGUGGCCGGGAACAUUCCCGGACCUGGCUCUGUGGGAGGCAUCGCCCCUGCCAUCAGUUUGUCUGCUGCUGCAGGCAUCGGGGUUGACGACCUGCGCAGGCUGUGCAUCCUGCGGAUGAGCUUCGUGAAAGGCUGGGGGCCCGACUACCCACGGCAAAGCAUUAAAGAGACACCCUGCUGGAUUGAAAUCCAUUUACACAGAGCUCUACAGCUGCUGGAUGAAGUUCUGCACACCAUGCCCAUAGCUGACCCUCAGCCUCUUGACUGAGUUGAAAGACAUUAAUUGUACAAAACAAACAAAAACAAACACACACACAAAAAAAAAAAAAAAAAAAAUCAGACUGUACUUUUAACAGACCACUCCACCUAUAGGCCCGGAGUGCCGGAGGAGGACUGCAACUACAGGGAUGCUGAAUAGGUUGUAGGAGUAGGCAGUAUACUCCAAGCACACUACUUUCGAAUCCAGCACUGCGAGCAGUUGUCAGGAUACUGAAUGAGACUCCGGGUCUCUAAGUUCAGUGACUUCCAAACAACAGCUGGAGGAACAUGUGAGUCACACUGGGAAGAGCUGUAGCACAGUGGAAACAUGAAGCCAAAAGGAUGGGCAUAUUAAAGGAAGCCAGUAUUCUGACACUGUUCAAAAAUAAUCUCAUACUGAUGUAAAAAUGUGUCCACACUGAGAUUAAAACAUGCAAAAAGCGUAUCAGUUAUUCUAUAAGCCUUUGUGCUGAACAAAACAAAUGCAAAGAGAGUAAAUGAUCAAACAAAAAAUGAUUCAUACUCUGUUUUUUUCCCCUCAGUGUGAACAUUUCUGUAUUUAAGAUUUUGAGAUGUUGGGAACACCUGUAGCUGACAACUGACAACAUUUCUUAUUGAACUAUUUAGUAAGAGAACAAACUAUUUGGCUGAGCACAAUGUGGUGCCUUGUACUGGAUGCAAACCUUUUGUUUACCCUGUCUGAACGUACUAAAUGUGAUUUCAGUUGGAGUAUACUGCCAGUCCAGUCCUCCUUCAGCUGCGCUCCGGUGCUGAUAUGGCUUCAUGUAAGUGGAGUUUUUUUUUCCUCGCCCCUCACAGAUCAGGACAUUUAUGUGAAAUCAUGUUAUUCAUUACUCAUUUUCUUGUAAGAUGUAAUCUUGAAUAUUUUUCAGAGCUGACAGUCCUUGUUGAUGUUAUUUGAUUUAUAUUCCCCUUUUGAAUAGUUGUUUUUAAUGACACGAAGAGCAUUUAAAUAGGCCCAUUUUAGCUGAGCUCAGCUUCCCUUUAUAAAAACGUUCCAUUAUUCUAUUGCCAGUCAAGGUUGUUAUCACACUGAGAAGUGAUGUUUUCUACUGAAGUUUUUGAAACCCCCAAUUUAAUUGAAAUGAUAAAAUAUUUUGAAACGGUUAUUGUAACACAUCUGCGUAAUAUUAUUUGUAAUGUCAUUUUUUUAUUAGAUGCCCACAUAGUGUCCAUUAGCACUUUAUUAAUUUGCCUAAGUAUUUGUCUUUUUCCAUAGUCUCCUGUGCGGUUACUUGUUGUAUCCAUAUAAUACCUUAGCAUAGUUGAAAAGUUUUUCUUGCUAAUGACCUUGGUAAGACCCAUGAAAAAUGUAGUUCAAAGUGUCAUCUGCCCAAAAUCUGUGUUUUCAGUAUCAAACACUCACCCACAGCAGGUUGGAAAGGUUUAUUUCACUUUUUUUUUUAAAAAUGGCAAAACAGUGGUUAUUUGGAACAUAUAGAGUGGUUUAUGAAAUAUGGAUAUCUUGUCUAUGUAGAAUUAAACUACUGUUGAACAACCACCUUUCAAACCUACAGGCGGUGAAUCUUUGAUCGUGAAAAGAUACAUUUGUGGUGGAUCAUCACCUUAAGUUAGCUCACCUCCACCCGUUUUAAUUUGAGUGUAUUAUUAUUAUUGGAUGACUUAACAUAGACAACAGCUGAGGAAAGGAAGCAAGGAUUGAACUGUGAGAGGAAGCGUAAGCCAUACUGAUGCCAAAUAUACCCUUUGAAAAGUGGAAAGGUUAUCAGACUGCAGUCAUUUCAGUGUUAAUACCGCUUAUAAAAGCUUGGUUUUAAAUAUCAACUGAAUGAUUUUAGUUUUUGCUCAGCACUAUUCAAACAAUAUUUUGGUAUUUGGAGCUCUGUUUACCUACAGCUGUUGCAGUAUUUUAUACUCUUUUUGCUACCUUUACAGUGAUGAACCACUCUGGUCCAAAUUGAAAAUGAUU